UGCAAGUCCUGGGCGGGAGGCUUCCGAGCGCCUCCGGCGUCCCCGGGACCCGAGUGAGCCCCCCGCGCUCCCAGCCCUUCGGGCCGCCACGAUGCUGCCCUGGAGACGGAACAAAUUCGUGCUAGUGGAGGACGAGGCCAAGCGCAAGGCGAAGAGCCUGAGCCCCGGGCUCGCCUACACGUCGCUGCUCUCCAGCUUCCUGCGCUCCUGCCCGGACCUGCUGCCGGACUGGCCUCUGGAGCGUCUGGGCCGCGUGUUCCGCAGCCGGCGCCAGAAAGUGGAGCUCAACAAGGAGGGCCCCACCUACACCGUGUUGUACCUGGGCAACGCCGUGACCCUGCACGCGAAGGGCGACGGCUGCACUGACGACGCCGUGGGCAGGAUCUGGGCGCGCUGCGGCCCGGGAGGGGGCACCAAGAUGAAACUGACGCUGGGCCCGCACGGCAUCCGCAUGCAGCCCAGCGAGCGCGGCCCCGGGGGCUCGGGGGCCCGCAAGCCGGCGCACGCCUACCUGCUGCCGCGCAUCACCUACUGCGCGGCGGACGGGCGCCACCCGCGCGUCUUCGCCUGGGUCUACCGCCACCAGGCGCGCCACAAGGCCGUGGUGCUGCGCUGCCACGCCGUGCUGCUGGCGCGGGCGCACAAGGCGCGCUCCCUGGCCCGCCUGCUCCGGCAGACCGCGCUGGCGGCCUUCAGCGACUUCAAGCGGCUGCAGCGCCAGAGCGACGCGCGCCACGUGCGCCAGCAGCACCUCCGCGCGGGGGGCGCCGCCGCCUCGGUACCCCGAGCCCCGCUGCGCCGCCUGCUCAACGCCAAGUGCGCUUACCGGCCCCCGCCGGCCGAGCGAGGCCGCGGGGCUCCGCGGCUCAGCAGCAUCCAGGAGGAGGACGAGGAGGAGGAGGAGGAUGCGGAGGACGACGACGAGCAGGACGCCCGGGACAGCGAGGGAGGAGGCCUGGCGCGCGAGCGGCCCGAGGUGCUCAGCCUGGCCCGGGAGCUGAGGACGUGCAGCCUGCGGGGCGCCCCGGCACCUCCGCAGCCAGCGCAGCCCCGCGGCUGGAAAGCCGGCUCCAGGGAGCGGGCGGGCCAGGCGCGCUGAGAACGCCGGGCUUGGACUCGGGGGGCCCCCCCACAUCGGGCCCAGCAGACGAACCUGGACUCCGACCCCGCCCAGCCCGCUUCCGCCCCCUUGGUCCCUGGCCUGCUGCCCUCGCGGUCUCCGUAGUGGUCGCCUUGCUCCUCAACCUAGCUCGUGGUGAAGCCGGAUAUGCCCUUGAUUGUUGGGGGUGGAGGGGAGUUGCAGGAGGGAGUUUCCCUCGCCCACCACUGUGGAAUUGCCCCCACGCUUUAUGCCAAGUGUCUGCCCACAGACCAACCUGCUCUCUUCCAAAACAGCCUCUCAGGAGAAAGGGGGAAAUGUUUGUGGAACUCCUGGAGGAUGGGUUUGAACCCAGGACCCCCAUCUAGGGUAGAAGUAAUGGCCCUGCCCUUGAUCUCUUAUUCCUUAUGGUAAGAACCACCCGGGAGAGAUUUCAGAUAAGGAAGAGAGUGGAGAGGCUGGGGAGAACUGAGGGCACCCACCUGGGACCACACACACAGGGAGGAAUUCUUGGUUUUACUCGCUGUCUUUGGAAGGCUCCUGACACAUCACUACUCCACCUCUAAAGGGGUCUGGGAUGGUCCUGUCUACCUGCAAAGGACAGUGGGACAGGUCACAGCCCUGCACUAGGCAGCUAUCCAAGCCUCUGCCUUGGCGUUCCUACAGGACACCACUCACCCCGUCUCUGCAGACAAAUAACUGGUCUACUCUAGGUACCGUGCUCUGGACCAAGAUGGGACCUCCAAGGGAGGUAAGGACUCAUGCCCCAAACAAGCCAAGGCUCUCAGGGCAAGUAGGUCCAGACCACAGCUGUACUUACAUGCCUGGUGAGGGAGGGAGAGGUAUUAACACAGGCGAAGUGAGCCCUGCCCGGGUGUCUACGAAAGGCCAUCACAACCCAAAGAUCUAUGUCAUCUCCUGAUCAUUGUAAAUAAAAUGGUUUUGCUUUUUCCA